CUGUCUGUCUUUAUCUAUCUAUCUAUCUAUCUAUCUAUCUAUCUUCCCUUUGUGUGCAACACUACAUGUUAAAGUUGCAUUAAGUUACUAUUUUAUAUAUGUAAUUUUAAGUUAUUAUUCAUACAGAAGAUUUGAGUUAAAUGUAUCUGUAAUGAUGUAGGGAAUAUAAAUGUAUUGUUUUCAUUGGGCUUAUGUAUGUAAGAGGAAUGUUUAUAAGUAACUAUAAUACUUGGUUCAGUGUGUACGGUUUUCCCCAUGAAAGUGUUUUCCUGGGGGGGCAAGAGAGUGGAGGAGGUGAAGUAAUGUGUGUGAAAAUGAGCUAAGUUUUCCAAACUCCAUCGCAACCCAAUUUCUCUUUCCAUGCCUCUGGAGACAAUCACGCUACCCAACACUACCAAAUCUAAGGGUUGCACAUGUUUGACUAUCUAUCUAUCUAUCUAUCUAUCUAUCUAUCUAUCUAUCUAUCUAUCUAUCUAUGUCUGUUUUUCUGUCUGUUUGUCUGGAACAUAACAUAAUUGUCAGUACAACUGUGUUUUGUGAUUUUGUGGGUGAAGUAAUACAAUAAAGUUGAGAAAAGCAGGAGUCUUGGGUGAAGUGCAUGCAGCUGGUUAGAUAUGGGUGUGGUGGUGUGGUGAGAAAGUUUGAGCACUGCAGUUUAGUGUGUACUGGGAAGAGGAGGGAUGGUACUGCAGUAGUUUCCCCUCCUGCAGGCGUUUCAUUUGGGUCUCACACAGCUCUGACAUAGACACAGCAGAGUUACUCAAGCUCUUGGCUCUCUCUUGGUUCAGGAGAAGAUUUAGGAAUCGGGAUUAAAGUAAACAUGACUUUCACAGGUGUCACACUGUUACUGUGCAUCGUGUGUCAUGCACACUGCCUGCUCGAGCAGAGCACACAGACGAAGAAUGAAACAAAAGAUGUGCUGCUGGAACCAGAAGCUGCUCACAGUGCUGCCAUUGAAGAGCUGAGGAAAAAGAUUGAUGAGAUUGUGAAGGAGCUGAAUGCCCUGAAGGAAGUCCAUGCUCUGCAAUUAGUUUGCCUGAAAGGCAUCAAGGUUCCAGGCAAGUGUUUCCUGGCCAGCCCAGAAAAGAAGGACUUCUAUGCUGCUACUGAUGAUUGCAUCGUAAAGGGUGGUACCCUGAGCACUCCUGUUACGGGCAAUGAGAAUUACCAGCUGUAUGUCUACGUGCAUGAGACCAUUGGACCCAGGGCACAAAUUUGGCUGGGCAUCAAUGACAUGCUGAAAGAAGGCGAGUGGGUUGAUAAAACAGGCUCCAGGAUACGUUUCCAAAACUGGGAGACAGAGGUCACCCGUCAGCCUGUUGGUGGCCGCAGCCAGAAUUGUGCCUUUAUGUCUGUCAUAGACAGCGGGAAGUGGUUCGAUGAGACCUGCCGUGCUGUGAAGCCCUUUGUCUGUGAGUUCAAUAUUGUCUGAGUUCCUGUUGCUCCUUAUUAUCCUUAACAACGUCCUUUACACAUGAAAGUAAAAGCUUGUCAGAAAUGGUGCAUCAUAAAUACAGACAACUUUGAAUAUUGCAUUUGUAUUCAAAGCUCUUAAGGCUAAAACCUGGCUUCUAACAAGUAAGAAACAAGAAGUCGUCGAUGGCAACAGCAACAAUGGGGAUGCCUCCAACAACAAGUCAAGUGUUUUUUUUGUUACUAAUUUGUAUGCUAUGCCAGAAAUACCCUUAAAAUAUACCUCAAACAGGAAAGAAGCUAUUGAAGAGAGACCAUUGCAGACAUUUGACCUUGCUGUGACCUUGACCUUGUUUGGAUCAAUUCCAAAAUCUAAUCAGUUCAUCUGCUGGUCACAGUGAUAAUUCCUCAUAAGUCCUAUAAACAUUCAGCCACUCAUUCUUGAGAUAUCACACUAACUAGAAUCUUGGACAGAUACACAGACAGCUGGAUGGAUGGACAACCUAAAAAGUAAUGCCUCCACCACUUGGUGGCAGAGGCAUAAAAAAGUAGAGAAGUAUAGAGGCAUGUUUUAUCUGUUUAAAAAAAAAAAAAAAAAAAAGAA